AUGCAUCAAUUGAACCACCUCAUCAUUGUCUGCUGUCAUGCCAUUUGUGCUGUUGGCCCAAAACAUGGAUUGUCUGAAGACGAAUGGUUUAUUGAGUCUUUCCAGAAGGGGGAGACACCCACUUUUAUCAAUCAUGCGAUAGCUGGACUAAAGGCUUUGUCUGACGACCCUCGUGCGCUGCUUAUUUUCUCGGGGGGCGCAACAAAGAAAUCGAGAACAUACUUGAGCGAGGGACAAUCAUAUCUUAAACUCGCAGAGGAGAACAACUACUUUCAAGACCCGAAACAAGUCACAGUAUCUUACACAUCGAGGAUCACAACAGAGGAUCUCGCGACAGAUUCAUAUCAAAAUGUACUCUUUUCACUUCUACGUUUUCGAUUGCACACAGGGAUUUACCCGCAACGCGUUACCGUCGUGACCCAUGAAUUUAAAAGAGCUCGGUUCAUGGAGUGCCAUUUCCCCUCCUUGGGGUUAUCUCCGAGGAUUGAUGGUAGACAUGCAGAAGCUAGUGCGGUUUCUGUAAUUGGUAUAAACCCGCCAGAGGAUGUCACUCCCUUAGAAUCAUUGGUCCGUGGCGAAGCGGGCAAAGGGAUUGGGCUCUGGAAACAAGAUCUAUAUGGAGUUGGCGAGGAUUUGGCCGGCAAGCGACGUCAAAGAGGCUGGACCUCGGGUAUGGAAACAGGAGCCUUUGUGAAUGUCGGACUCCAAGAAGUCGUUGAACAAUUGGUAUGCUGGCAGGGCGGGACCGGUAAUGAAUUGUUCCCAAGGAUGAAAGAGCUGCCCUGGUUCUACGGCAAUCUAGCAACAUAG